CAGGGUCGAGGCGUCUUUCUGGUAUUUUGCAAAACAAAUCAAGUAUCUUCAAAUGGAAGCUCGAUGAGAAAUUAAGAGCACCAUUUACUUGCGCUCAGCGAUUGGCAAGUGGCAGCACAGAGUAAAAUGUUGCCCUUCAUCAAUAUUCCCUUCGAAUAUGCUUCGUCGAUUAUAGGGGCAUCCCCAGACGAGUUGAAGCUUAUAUUCUCCUUCAUCCUCUCGUACCCCCUCUGUGGUGUUCUCAAGCGCAUCCCUGAUUCGAAACCAGCAUACAAGAACCUGUUUAUAAUAGGGGUCUCCGUGUUCUACUUGGUAGGGCUUUUCAGCCUUUGGGAUGGCAUGCGAACAGUCGCGAUCAGUGCAGUGGGCACGUACGCAAUCGCGCUGAACAUCAGCGGCCCCCUCAUGCCAUGGAUAGCCUUCGUCUUUCUUAUGGUGCACCUGUCGAUAAACCAAAUUCAGCGACAAAUACUUGCCGACCCUGGGGUGGUGGAUAUUACCGGCGCACAAAUGGUUCUGGUGAUGAAGCUGAGCGCAUUCUGUUGGAAUGUUGCAGACGGUCGCCUCCCCGAGAGCGAGUUGUCUGACCUACAAAAGGAAAAGGCGCUGAAACAACUUCCCAACCCGCUGGACUAUGCAGCAUGGGUUCUGUUCUUUCCCUCCCUCUUCGGUGGACCAGCCUUUGAUUUUGUGGAUUAUACGAAAUGGAUUGAAUGCACCAUGUUUGAUCUUCCUCCCGGCGUGGACCCAUCAAAGAAACCGCCUACUCGCAAGAAGCGCAAGAUCCCACGCAGUGGAACCCCGGCUAUGUGGAAGGCGGCCGAGGGGGCGUUUUGGAUUUUCUUGUUCCUACAACUCUCAGGCUACGUUAGCACUGAGGUCUUCAUUGGCAAGAAGUUCUUAACAUUCGGCUUUGUCAAGCGCGUGUGGUUUCUAUACCUGCUCGGUUUCACUUCGCGGCUGAAGUAUUACGGCGUAUGGGCAUUGACAGAGGGUGCCUGUAUCCUCAGUGGUCUUGGCUACAAUGGCGUCGACGAAACAACAGGAAAGGUCUCGUGGAACAAGCUGGAGAACGUAAACCCAUGGGGCGUUGAGACUGCUCAAAACAGCCGUGCAUAUCUAGGGAACUGGAAUAUGAACACCAACAACUGGCUUCGAAACUAUAUCUAUCUGCGAGUAACUCCUAAGGGAAAGAAGCCAGGUUUCCGUGCAAGCAUGGCUACUUUUGUCACCAGCGCAUUCUGGCACGGCUUCUAUCCCGGUUACUACUUGUCGUUUGUGGCAGCCAGUUUUAUUCAGACCAUCGCCAAAAACUGCCGCCGCUACUUCCGACCAUUCUUCCUCGACCCAGUAAGCGGCAAGCCCACCUCCACCAAAAUAUACUACGACGCCCUCUCGUGGUUCGUCACGCAAUUCAUACUCUGCUUCGUCACCGCCCCCUUCAUAAUCCUCGCCUUCCAAGACUCCCUCCUCGUCUGGUCCCGCGUCUACUUCUACGCCCUCAUCGCCAUCGGCGGCAUGACCGCCUUCUUCGCCUCCCCCGCGAAGCCCUAUCUCAAGCGACAGAUCGAGAUCCGUGCCGCUCGCGCGAACGGCGGGAAGAAGCUUGAGAGGAAGCUGGGUUCGGACACGCUUUCGCAGCAGCCGGUUUUGGGACUGCCGCCGGAUCCACAGUGCGAUUUUGAGGAGGCGGUGAGGGAGAUUAGGGAGGAGUUUGAUGCGAGACACGGUAAGGGACUGGGGAGGGCGGCGACGAUGCCGGCGCUUGCUAGGAAGGAGGGUGGUUAGACGAUGGGGAUGAGGAUAUGCAGCGUAUACCAUAGCGGUUUGAUUGCACUUGGUACAUGCAUGGAUGACGUUAGUCGGAGACGCGAUUGUUAUGUCUUUCAGUCUAUACAUUUGCGAGAAGCGGGUUCGCGGAUGGCGUAGGCCACCUGCGAGUAUAUAUCAUGUCUUGUUAUAAGUGAACAAUAUGGCAAAGAAUUUCGUACGGUAUUAUACAAUAUGAGGAUGAUUGGUGUAUAAAUAUAAAUAAUUUAUAAGUUAUAUAUUUUUAAUUCCCGAAUAAUAAUAUUUAUG